CGACAGUCACGGGCGUCCGGUGAAUGCGGGCGUCCGGUGAAUGCGGGCGUCCGGUGAAUGCGGGCGUCCGGUGAAUGCGGCCGAUGGGCAAAAAAGCUACCUGCACGACACUCCGCCACUCUGGAGGGACGCCGGUCACUCGAGUACUCAUUGCUAAUCGGGAAGAAAACGUCACGCAAAGAAUUUUGCACUAUCUUAACGGUAAAAUUGUAUAAUCGUCAAAAGUAAAUAAUUGAGCACACACCAAACAUGUGCCUUGCCAUUAUCAUUAAUACAAGAAAAGACGCAUUAUUGUUAUGAGCGCCUUGCUAUAUUCUAAUUGACUUGUGAGAUCCACCGCUGUGUAAACAUUGGCUGACAGCUUUCCUGCGUCUCAUCAAGAAUGUCAAACGCACCUCUCGGUCACAGGGGUGAUUAGGAAUGUCUGGGUUUUGUUUAUACUCUGCUGCCUUCAUCGCUACAAUCUAGUUAUUCCCUCGUUGCCGGGGACAGCUGUGCUGCUGCGCUUUGCUAUUUCCCGGACCCUGAGAAUUACUCCGUUAACUCAACACUCAAGCUACCUAUCACCGCUUUCCUCUCAGAUCAGUGUAACUGUAUGCUGAAGCAGUGCCAUCGAACUUCGAAACCCGCUCUGUCUGGGAUGGAUUCACCGCGGUUUCUCACACCAUUUAUUACCAAGUGUCAGGGCUAAUAGUUUGCAGGAAUUCCGUAGUUGGGGACUGUGGGGAGAUAAUAUAUCCUCUAUUUUGUUUCCUUUGUAGAGGUGGAAUAAAGAACUUCCCACCACACCAUCAAUAAUGGGAAUAUAUUUGCAUUUGCUGCUUUUGCAGUAUUUUGUCUCCAAUUGUGUGUGCAAUGCUCUCACGUUCGUCGAGGAACCAACAGAUAAGCAAGCGAAGUCGGAUGGGUAUUGCGGCAGGAUUUUACGGGCACAGACACAGGGUACACGGAGAGAUGGCUACAAUGAGUUUCGGCUAAGAGUCGAGGGGGACCCAGAAAAUUACCAACCUGCAAGCACAUACAGAGUGACUCUGCACGCCUCCAGUCCCUCCUAUUUCAGAGGCUUUACCCUUAUCGCUCUGAAGGAGGGGAAGGAAGGAACCACAGAUGACCACUACGCUGGCAAAUUCCAGAUCAUAGAUGAGGAAGAUACCCAGUUCAUGACCAACUGUCCCUCGGCUGUAACAGAGAGCACCCCCCGCAGGAGGACCCGGAUACAAGUGUUCUGGACAGCACCCCCUUCUGGCAGCGGCUGUGUCAUCCUCAAGGCCAGCAUUGUGCAGAAGAGGAUCAUUUACUUCCAGGAUGAAGGCUCCCUCACCGUCAGACUGUGUGAGAAAGAGGCUGUGUUUGGGGAGACCACAGAAAAGCCCCCUCUGGAAUGCUGUGCCUGUGGGACGGCCAAGUACAGAGUCACCUUCUUUGGGAACUGGUCGGAGAAGAUUCACCCUAAAGACUACCCCAGACGUGCCAAUCAUUGGUCAGCCCUCAUCGGGGCAUCCCACUCCAGGAGCUAUGUCCUGUGGGAGUACAGGGGCUUCGCCAGUGAAGGGGUGAAACAGGUGGCAGAGCUGGGGUCUCCAGUUAAGAUGGAGGAAGAGAUUAGACAGAAGGGUGAUGAAGUUCUGACUGUUAUCAAAACCAAGGCGCAGUGGCCAGCAUGGCAGCCCCUGAACGUGCGGGCAGCUCCCUCGGCUGAGUUCUCAGUGGACCGUACCCGUCACCUCAUGUCCUUUCUGAGCAUGCUGGGGCCCAGCCCUGACUGGAACGUGGGGCUGUCUGCGGAGGAUCUCUGCACCAAGGAGUGUGGCUGGAUCCAGAGGCUGGACCAAGACCUCAUCCCCUGGGACGCAGGCACUGACAGUGGAGUCACCUAUGAAUCUCCUAACAAGCCCACAAUACCUCAGGAGAGGAUCCGGUCCCUGACCAGCCUGGACCACCCCCAGAGCCCCUUCUAUGACACAGAGGGAGGCCCUAUCACAGCCUUGGCCCGGGUAGUGGUGGAGAGGAUAGCCCGAAAGGGAGAGCAGUGCAAUAUUGUCCCGGACACGGUGGAUGAUAUCGUGGCCGAUAUUGGCCAGGAGGAGAAGGAGGAAGACGACACUCCAGAGACGUGCAUCUACUCCAACUGGUCUCCGUGGUCAGCCUGCAGCUCAGCCAACUGUGACAAGGGCCGGAGGAUGAGACAGAGGAUGCUGAAGGCCCAGCUGGAUCUCAGUGUGCCCUGCCCUCAUACCCAGGACUUCAAGCCCUGCAUGGGGCCUGGCUGCAGCGAGGAGGAAGUGUCUACCUGUAUGAUGUCAGAGUGGAUCAGCUGGUCUCCGUGCAGUGAGUCCUGUGGGAUGGGGAUGAGGUAUCGGCAGCGCUACAUCAAACAGUUCCCCGAGGAUGGAUCCAUCUGCUCUCUGAACACUGAGGAGACAGAAAAGUGUGUGGUCAACGACGACUGCUCCCCCAGUAGCUGUGUGGUGACGGAGUGGGGCGAGUGGGAUCCCUGCAGCACCACCUGUGGGCUGGGUAUGAAGCGGCGUGAACGCAUGGUGAAGAUGCCCCCCUCAGACGGUUCCAUGUGCAAGGCGGAGGUGGCAGAGGUGGAGAAGUGCAUGAUGCCUGAGUGCAACACCAUCCUGUGUAUGCUGUCUCCGUGGUCGGACUGGAGCGUCUGUAGUGUAACGUGUGGGAAGGGCGUGAGGGCACGCCAGCGAAUGCUCAAGUCUCCGGACCUAGGGGAGUGUACAGAGGUGCUGGAACAGGUGGAGCGGUGUAUGCAGCCUGAGUGUCCUACGGACUGCAUGGUGUCAGAGUGGACGGAGUGGUCCGAGUGUAAUAAGUCCUGCGGUAAAGGCCACACCAUCAGGACGCGCAUGGUGAAGCUGGAACCCCAGUUUGGAGGGGAGCCCUGCAAUGAGACGGUCCAGAGGAAGAAGUGUAAGAUCAGGAAGUGCAAACGGGGCUCCAGGGCCAGCGAGGACAAGAAGAGACGGCGGGGGGGAGAGGUGGGCGGCGGGAAGGAGAAGAGAAGGGGCAAACAGCAAGGACGGGACGCAGCAGUGGAGGAACAGCCAGGUUGUAAGAUGAAGCCCUGGUCCAGUUGGACGGACUGUACCAAGCACUGCGGUGGGGGGAUCCAGGAGCGCUUAAUGGCUGUGAAGAAGAGAGCCAAGAGUGCCCCAGCACAGGUCACCAGCUGCAAGGACAGGAAGGAGAUCCGUGCCUGUAAUGUCCAGCCCUGCUAGGGGGCUCUGCUGUCUAUCUGUGUUUAUCUUUGUUAGGGCUGGGGGGAGGAAGGAGAAGCAGACUGUCAGUGUUGAUUUAGCCUGGGUUGGCAGUCAGUGUGAUGGAUACAGCACCUGUGUGUUGGAGGGAGAUGAGAGAUUCUCCAGAGACUCCAUUACUGUGGAUCACUGGGCUGAGGACGAGACCAGCGUCAGUCAUUAGUCUUAUAGUAGCCUCCUCACCUAGCAGGCCAAUGUAUUACUAUGUAACCAACACUAUACAGUACACAGCACAACUUCACAAUCACACACAACACGUUUUUUUACAAUGUUAUUUUUGUCUUUAUACUACAGUUGUAUUGGCUUUACUAGCUAACACUGACAACACUUUCACUCUUGCAUGUCUAACGUUUCUCAGUCAGAAGACUUCACUGGUAGUGGCCCUAGACUUCAAAAUGUGGCCAAAUGAUGAUGAUAACCAUGUUUUAAAGGGCACUUGCAGAUCUUAGAAAGAUCCACUUCAGUCCAGGCCUCCAGUCUAGGGUAUCAAAAGGAAUUAGCAUUUGGCAUUUUUCCUGCCCCCAAUUUCUUUAUCCGCAUCAGAGUUGAGUUUCACUCCAGCAUUCAUGUAUCAUUAAGGCAGGUCUCCAAACUUCACUGUCCAGUUGAUUUGAGCAUAGUAACCCUGCUGGUUGAACCACAAUACUCCAUACAGGUUGUACAAAGUAUCUCCGUAUACACAGUAAGACUUUUUUGGAAAAUCAGUGUUGAUUGUAUUGAAAUGUUAUUGAAUGAAAAUACCAACCAAGUAAUUCAUAGAAAAUAUUGUAUCCUGUGUUUAGUUUGUUAAUUUGACAAUUAUAUUCCAAGACAAAGCACAGGUGAACAAUCAUUCCAGGUUUUUGUAUGCCUCAAUAGAUUAUUAUUUUCAAGAUAAGGAUCUGUUGUGACUUUAUUCCAUUGUAAGACAUGUAGAGUCUUAAACAUGCCUCGCUGAGUGUGCAUAAUUACAUAUUUGGUUUCUUUUGUCGUUGUAUUUUGAUAAGAAUGUCAGACAAGACUCUCCAAAGUCAUAUGUAGAUGUUCUCUCCAUCAUUUUAUCAGUCCUCUCUCUUUCUUCUUUUGCCUCUACACCAUAUUACUAUUUUGGAAUAAAUCACCUUUACCAUAAAAGAAAACGUGAUAAAUAA